ACAGCGGUAGCUGCGCUGGCGUUGGCAACGGCGGUAGCUCAGCCCUGUGAGAACGAGUAGCAGCAGGAGGUGGAGGCAGCAGCAUCAUUAGAAGCAGUAGGGAACGAGAGAGACAGAACUAUUCACGUCAGCAGCACGCGAUGAGUAGCACAAAACAUUUAGUCAGCAAAAAGUAGCCAAGGAGCACAGACGACAGUGGUUAUCAAUAAGGACGAAGUUGUGAUCCCUUUUUAUUUCCCCUUGUUUCAAAGUGUACAUUAGUAUUAUGUCUUCAAAAGGGGUAAAAAAAUGAUUAACAGUUUUAACUAUCAAACCCGUAAGACUGUGCAAACAAAAUCACAUCGAUGGAGCAGCUUCCACUGAAACAGCAGCAGCCAGCCCAUUAUCAGUAACAGAAACGGAACGGUAGUAACAGCAGCCACAAUUGCUGCAACGGCAGUAACAAGGACAGCGGUGGCAGUGUCAGUGGCAGUAUUAUCCAUUACGGGUGACCUUUACCAGGCUUGGUCACGUGUGCCGGCACACGUGCGCUGCAACCAAGCUGGGUUGAUCAUCCUCAGAUAUGUUACAUUGACCAGGGCAGGCUUCAAGCCUAGCAGGAGUGGUAGAAGCAGCAGAAAUAGUCAGCAGUCAGAGCAAAAAUAUAAUUAACAUCGGCAAAGAGUGCCGGGCCCGGCGCCAACGGCUUCAAGCUGGUGUACACGAGCCUUGGGAUUGGCGCGAAGAUGGAGGUACGCGCCAUGGAAUACCGGCCUGUCGUGCCAACGGGUGUUGUUCCAGUCAAUAUCCCAGAGUAUCAUGCAGCCAUCCCUGAUCUUAGUCCACCACGAAGCCAGGGCUCUUCGACAGGUGGUGCAUCGUCACUUGGUGACUACGCACCUCGCAUGUAUACACCACCCACACCACCUACUCCACACGAGGAUGAGAAGGUAUUUGGGAGCAAGGCAGAUCUGCAACUACACACGCAGAUACAUAUGCGUGAAGCCAAACCGUAUAAGUGUACUCAGUGUUCAAAAGCGUUUGCCAAUUCGUCUUACCUAUCUCAGCAUACGCGCAUUCAUCUUGGCAUCAAACCCUACCGAUGUGAGAUCUGCCAGCGAAAGUUUACACAGCUGAGCCACUUGCAGCAACACAUCCGUACACACACGGGUGAUAAGCCGUAUAAGUGUCGGCACCCUGGCUGCACAAAAGCCUUUAGCCAGUUAAGUAAUCUGCAGAGCCAUUCUCGUUGUCACCAGACAGAUAAGCCUUACAAAUGCAACUCCUGCUACAAGUGCUUCUCAGAUGAGCCGAGUCUUCUCGAGCACAUACCAAAACAUAAGGAGUCCAAGCACUUAAAAACUCAUAUUUGUCAGUACUGUGGUAAAAGCUAUACCCAAGAGACUUACCUUGCAAAGCAUAUGCAGAAACAUGCAGAGCGUACGGACAAACGACCACCAAUAAUUGGCUCGGGUUUAAGGCCAGCUUCAAUACACGCAAUGGCUACCGUAGCAGCACACCAUCAAGUGGCAGCUGCUGCGGUUGCAGCUGCAGCAGCAGUAGACCACUAUUGGCCAAAAGUCAGCCCCGACUCUGUCAUGGCUGCUGCAGCCGUAGCUGAGCAGCUUCAUGAGCGGUUACAACCACCACCACCACCACCACCACCACCACCACCACCACCACCACCACCACUACUAUCAUCAUCGUCAUCGCUAUCGACAUCGUCAGCACUACCUCACCACCCCCACCACCACCAUCACCACCACCAGCAACAGCAACAACAGCAACACCACCAUUCUCACCAUCAACAGCAGCAACCUCAACAUCAUCAGCAGCAGCAUCAGCAGCAUCAGCAUACCAAUGAUUACCACCAUCAUCAAUCACCAGGUACCAGUAGCAGUAAUACUGGUGGUGAAAUGCUGCUUCCCCCGCCACUACCUCCACCAUCACAUCAGCACGUUCAGCGAGACGUUCUUGAAGCUAUUGACUCACGCCAACAGAACCUUCAAUCUCAACAGUCAGACCAUCACCCUAAUAACAGCAGCUCAGCUUUUACACCGAUCUCAUCUAUCUCUAUUAAUUCGAUAUCUUCGAUGCAGCAUCCACUUAAUCCUUUAAACCAUUUGCACUAUCCAGCAAGCCAUCACUCAACAGCCUCGCGACCGUACCUCUAUGAGGCUUUUGGAUCGCAGAAGAACUUAUCAAGUGGGCCUUCUGGAGUGGCAAGUGGAUCAGCUGGAUCUGUUAACCAAAGUGCUACCAGCUCUUUUCCUAACCACUUGAUAAGCUUGCACCAAAUCCGCAACUAUGCCCACCAGCCCAACCUUGGAAAUUUAAGCAACCUUGGAAACCUAGGAAACUUGAGUAAUCUUGGCAACCUUGGUAACCUGAGUUCAAGCCUGGAGGGUCAUGCUCUCCUCAGCGGGAUUAAGGAGAAGCAUACGUUGCAGCAAUAUUCAAUUGUGAUCAAGGGUCGAGACUUAUUCUCUACGCUGAACUAGAUGAUCAAAUGGCCCUUUUUAAAAUAUAAUUAAUGUUUAUUUUUUCUAAAGUAGCAAGUAUGCAUUGUUUAUAGAAAUUUAAUUCUACGCACAUCAUUAUUACAGUUGUUGUUUUUGAAUACAAAUUAACUGUUUUCUUUUACAGUUAGACCAUUGUAUGUAGUAAUAUUAUCAUUUAUAUUGUCAUUAUAAUAAUUAUAAUUAUUAUUGUUAUUUCUAUUAAUCUCAAUGCCUUCUCUUUUAAUAUCUUAAGAACAAUAUGUUAAGUUGUUUAUCGUACAUUGUUUAUGAUUAUGGAAGUCAGUACAGUUAAGGUGAUAGCAUAGUAUAUUUU